AUGGCGCCACCUGCACCUGCAUCAGCGCUCCAUCGCCACCAGUCUUCCCUUGAAGGAAUCUUGGACCUUUCAUCGCAGCCUCCUCUAGAUCCAGCUCACCGGGCUUCUGCUAAGCGCCGGUUUGACCAAAUCAUCAAUCACUUUGAAAGCCAAGGCAUUAGACCAGAUCGCGACAAGUACGACCGCCUCAAACUGGUCAGCCUAACAUAUAAGCACUCGAUAAGCGAAAAGUCUAAAGAUAGAUUACUAGCUGCUUUCUUUGCAUUUGCAGGACUGUCGAUAGCCGCAGAUGAAGACAUCAACUUUGAGGACCCAACCCGUCAAGAAGAACUCCGAGCUUCCCUCGACAACUUUGCCGAUUAUCUCUUUGAUAAUUUCUUUCUACCACUCAAAGCAUCAACCAAAAAAACACCCCAGCCUUCACCAGCAUCUCAUUCAGCCGUUGCGAGUGCGCAACGCCAAGGACAUGUCUUCGCAGGGACUCCAGAGCGAAUCGCCAAUCUAAGAGGAGCCUGUCUAAUACGAGAUCGUUAUCGGUGUGUUAUAUCUCAUAAAUUUGACCAGGCGGAGGCCUUGAAACGAUUCGGUUUGCAAAGGCGUGGCCAAGGUGAGGCAUGCGACCAAGAUGGGCAGCCUCUAGCAGGGCAACGGUUUGAACCCCUCGAGGUGGCACACAUCUUGCCACACUCAUUAACGCAACUUGACUCUCGCGGAGAACUGAACGCCUCGAAAGAAGCAGCGCUGGCGAUACUUAAUAUGUUCGACGAUGGAGCCGCUUAUCUGAUCGAGGGAACUGAGAUUGAUCGUCCUGGAAACGCUUUGACGCUGACUCAGCAUCUGCACACAUACUUUGGUGAUUUCAAUAUCUUUUUCAAGCCUGAGGGUACAGUUCCACACAGGUACCAUAUUGAAACCUUUCUCCCCCAAGGGUUCACGUAUGAUGUUCCUGUUACUCGGACGCUUUUUCUCGCUGAAGAGAGGAACAUCGAUCCUCCUUCGCCACGACUGCUGGCAAUUCAUUGUGCUAUCGCCCACAUCCUGCACCUCUCUGCGGCGGGUGAUUAUAUCGAUGACAUUCUGAGGGAUGCUGACGAAUAUCUCAAUUACUCUCUGAAUAGCAUCCUUUUCCGCAAGUGCAAACACUUUGACAUGGAGAAGAAACUCAGAGUUGGUGGCAGAACCAUUGUCUCUUGGCGGGCUGUUGGCAUCUGCGGCAUCUCCUAG